UUAGCGUUCACUAAAAACUACAAACUACUGUUUAUCGUGAUUUCAUAAACUUUUUUGUUCACUUUAUCUUCAAUAACACUCAAAAAUGGCUAGAUAUUUCAAGGAACAAGACAUUGAUGAGUUCCGUGAAUGCUUCUACCUGUUCGCGCGGUCGGGGCAGAUCACCUCCCUGGAUGAACUGACAGUGGUCAUGAGGUCUCUUGGGAUGAGUCCCACCAUACAGGAGCUUGCUGGGUAUCUGAAAGGCAAAGGUGGCAAGAUGUCCUUCGCCGACUUCCUGGAAGUGAUGCACAUACAUUCAAGAGCGGAAAAUCUGCCCAGUGAGGUGGUGAACGCAUUCAAAGCGGCCGACAAUGACAAGAAGGGCGUAAUCCCAGCGAGGCAGCUCCGCAACCUGCUGCAGACCUGGGGCGAAGGCCUAUCUGCUAGAGAGGUUGACAACAUAUUCAGGGAGGCAAACGUUUCUAACAACGGCACGGUGCGUUAUGAGGACUUCGUCAAGAUAUCUUGCGCGCCAGUGCCGGAUUACUACUGAUCAUCAUCAUGUCUUUUUUUAUAAAUAAAUAAAUAAAUAAUAAAUGUCGUCCAAGCCGUAUCCGGCGACUCCUAAAUAUCUAUCCCGGGUCGUUGUUGUCGCCACCUCCCAGUGGCGGCCCUAGCAUAAUAUACAGGGUGUUACUAACAUCGCAACGAAAACUUUGAGGGAUGAUUCAGCCCAUGAUUCUCAGUUGAUAUCAAGUGGAAUUUCACGUCGCAAAAGUAUAGAACUGAAAAUAAUUUAAAAAACACAAAAACAUUAGUGAAUUUUCGACGAAAAAUUGCACUUGAUAUCAACUCAGAAUCAUGGUCUGAAUCAUCCCCCUUAGUAUUCGUUACAAUGUCACAAACAUCCUGUAGGUGGAGCAAAACCUCAUAGUGGCACUCGCGACACCAAACACUUCAGGACCCCCGACCCGGCCGGCGUGGUCGACGAAUCCCCUCAAUCAGUUGUCUUAAACGUUGUACCGGGUGGGAGCCUUCAGCGCUCCCCAUUUGUCCGGCCAAGUAGUUAAUGCCAUCUGCGGCAAAUCUACAUUAAGCCACGUCAAAAAAAAAAUUAGUAAUAGUAGUUUACGGUCUAAUGACAAUAAAUUUAAAAAAAUAUGUACUGUUAAAAAAAUAUAUAUUUUUUAUCUAUUUUCUUACUAUUAAUCUAGUUAUUAACGCAAUAACACAGGGUGUGGUGGUUAUUUAUUUAAAUAAAAUAUUUAAAAAGUAAAACGAUUGUAUUGCUUUAAACAUAUUUUUAUUAAAAUCAACAAACCCUAAUAUAAUUUGAUAUGGCACUAUUCAAUGUGGUCCUUUUGCUAAAAUAUAGGUAUAUAUUAUUUUACUGUGGCAAAUAUUCAUAUUUAUUAUUACCAUUUAAAAAGAAAA